GUGGUGACAUGCACAUCAUCAGCAUGUUCCUCUUACCGGUAAUGUUCCUGCUCUCUGGUGUCCUCUGCGGUGUCUCAGCGGUGUCUCGCCCCACUUUUGAGCACCGAGACCGUUUCACCGGGGCAACCCUCGUCUGUGAGAAGUGUCCACCAGGGACGCGCCUGGCCGCAUACUGCACCGCCUCCACGCCUACCGCGUGCGUGCCAUGCAGAAGCCGAUCCUUCACCGAGUUGUGGAACUACCUGCCCAAAUGUCUGUACUGUAACAACUUCUGCACGGAGAACCAAGAAGUGGAGACGGAGUGCACAGCGACCACAAACAGAGUCUGUCGGUGCACAGAAGGCUUCUACUUGACCGCUGACUUCUGUAGGAGGCAUUCAGAGUGCGGGCCCGGAAACGGUGUCCAAACGAAGGGAACCUCACAAAUGGACACUGUUUGUGAACAGUGUUCCGAUGGCUACUUCUCCGACACAUCUUCUGCGCUGAAGUCGUGCGUAAAACAACAGGAAUGCGCAAGCGGACAGAUUGCGCUCCUCCCCGGUUCAAUUAACCAAGACACAAUGUGUGGCUCCUGCAAGGAACUUGAAAAUGAGGGUGAGACGCUCAGGACAUUCUUCUCAGGAUUCUUCAGUAGGAACAAGAUGCGCUUGCCAAAAAUGAAGGCAUUUAUUGCCCGUUACAUUCAUACGACGGAAGACAACGACACGACUCUCCCCAAACAGAGAGUCAUGGAUCAAUUCAGAGCGUGGCUGGCGCACGCUCCAGAGGAACAGCUGAGGAAACUGCCACAGAUGCUGAAGGCUUCAAAGCUCUGCUCAAGAACUGAACAACUAGAGCAGAUAGUCAAUGAGAUUAAACAACAGAGCCCAAACUGUACUUUAACACUCUUAGAUGUUAAGAUGUAGACUGGCAGAGUCCCUAGUACAUGCAGCAUAGCACAACAUAUGCCUCUUUCUUUUAUUUGGCAUUUUGCACAUUUGUAAACAAGAAGUUUAAAAUAUGUUUCAUUUGCAUGUUAAUUAAGAGUGCAUACAUUGACAUAGUGAUAUUAUAUGGUUGUUAUUUUUGCUCUCUCUUGUAACGUGUUACUAACGACUAAAUUAUUAAACUGCCAUGAACAAAAUGUUAAAAUACUUAGGAUUUAAACUGCCCAACUGUGUCUCCUCCGGUGUUCUUUGUGAGUCUUACAUGAAGGUCAGACUGUUUAACUCAAAUUUAUGGGGGAGGAAAAAGUGGCUAAAUGUCCAAACUUGAGAGAAACUUCACAAGUACAAUAUGCAAAUAUCUUGAACACCACAUUGUGGCAAUACUCAAGUGUUACAUAGUAAGUGGAACAUAGAAACGUAUGUUUGACAGGAACGUAAGCUGUAACAAAAAUAAAUGUUAUCAUAGAAAUGUAUGAAGUUCUGUAAAAUUGUGGGAUAUCAAACUGUUUACAUGUCACGUGCAACAGCUAAAUAAAGUAUACCGGUAUGUUGUAAUGGGA